UUUUAAUAACUUACUUGGAUCCAAGUAUUUCUGCUUGAUAGAUUGACUCCACAAUUGAAGCAUCAUAAGCCAAAACCAUGAUGUUUGAUCCACCUGAUUACCCAUACAAAGAACUUUCAGAAACUUAUGAUCCAGAUGAUUUGCUGUUUGCGAAUGAUGCAGUAACUAAUGAAACUCUGUCCAAUGUCCAUAAAAGCCCCUCAGAUGUUACGACUAUAUUGAACACAGUCGAUAACCAGUUGUCUUUUCAUUCAAACGAUUCUGGAAGAUUCUUUAACGUUGAAAACACCAAUUUCUUUCAAGAAAAUAAUACAAAUAUGCAUCCAAAUACUGAGCUGUACAUAGUACAGUCAGAUAAUUUAUUUAAUUACGAACCAACUUUGCUUGAUGAAAAUACUGUCAAUCAGUUUCUAUUACCUCUCCAAGAUUCUUCUGGAAAAUCGAAGACAAGUGAAAGCGCCGGCCCGGACUUACUCGCUCUGCAUUCCUGUGUAAUAUGUCAUGAGAUAUUUACUACGGAAGCGGAUCUCUUGGACCAUACCAUAUCGCUUCAUACCUCCGAUAACUCCUUAGAUCAAGCGACGACUUUGCUACCAAUCGAAAAUGAAAAAGUUCCUCGGAAUGUACAAGAACCAACUCAUAGUAAUGAGAACUUUGAAACAGAGUGGCUGGUGUGCCGAAUGUGUGAACGAGUACUAUCAACCGCUUUGGAAGUUGAACCCACGGAACAAUUAUGCUGCAUUGCCUCUGAUGGUAAGGGCAGCGUCACCUCUCGCAAACUGUACACCAUGUACGUGUGUGACUUCUGCAGCGGCCUGUUCGCAGAUGGGGAUGCGCUUGACAAGCACAGGCUGACUUGCUACAUUGAUGAUCAAAAUAAUUACUAUGAGGACCAAACGGACACUUGCAGCUUAGAUACGAACGUAACUCGGGGCCCUGAAGUCUGUUACUCCUGUGACAUCUGUGGUAAGCAGUACGCUUCCACAGAGGAGUUGAAGAUCCACUCUCUAGAAUGCCACAGGCCUCCGCCCCCGAGGACGACUCGACGCGCCUACACUAACAGCGGGAACAGUAAAAUGUGGAACUGUGGAUCUUGCAAUCAACUUUUUGCUACUGCACGGGAACUUUACCGCCACAAAAGAGGCGAAGAUCGACCCCCAGGUGCUCCACUGAUGGCGUAUGUUUGUGAAGAAUGUGACAAAGUUCUAGGCAGCAUGUGUGCCCUGCACACACAUAAGAAGAUGCAUAAAGUUACGAAACCAGGUUACCCCUGCCGGGUGUGUGGGCGUCGGUUCAACCAAUCAGGUCACCUGGCCAUCCACAUGCGCAUGCACACCGGGGAGAGACCCUACCCCUGUGACCUUUGCCCCAAGGCCUUCAAAGUCAAGGUGGAGCGCGACGAUCAUCGUAGGACCCACACUGGCGAGAAACCCUUCGCGUGCACAGCCUGCCCCAAGACGUUUACUGCCGCUGCACGCUUGCGUGAACACGCACGCAUUCACACAGACCAAAGACCAUACCGCUGUGACAUCUGCGGGGCCGCCUUCAGGAGACCUUACGCCCGCACCGUGCACACCCUCAUCCACACCGGUGAGAAGCCGCACGAGUGUGAUAUCUGUGGAACUGCCUUCAGGCGAUCAGGAGACAUGUGGAAACACAAAAGAACUCUUCACGGCGUCCAAGCAGUUACAAUUGAAACAGACUUGAAGAAAUGAGCCAAGAGAGAAACGUAACUCCCCAACUCCACCACUGGAUGUCGCUACUUACAUCAAAAUGUUCUUGCUUCACCGUGCGCAGUGCCAACAUUCAUUUUCAAACAGUAAAAUAUAAAGAAUGACAUUGUUUUUUGU